CCUCUCUGCUUUCUAGGCAGGUUUCGUGCCGAUAACUUGAAUAAGCUGAAGAACCUGUGCAGCAAAACCAUUGGAGACAAGAUGAAGAAAAAAGAGCCAGUGGGGACGGACGAGUCCAUACCAGAGAGCGCACAGAACCUCGACGAGCUCACGAUCGAUGUCCUGGGGGCUCUUCAGGUGUCCCAGAUCAAGAAAGUCCGUCUCCUCAUCGACGAAGCCAUCCUCAAGUGCGAUGCCGAGCGCGUGAGGCUGGAGGCGGAACGUUUCGAGAGCCUGCGGGAGAUCGGGAACCUCCUCCACCCCUCGGUGCCCAUCAGCAAUGACGAGGAUGUGGACAACAAAGUGGAGCGGGUGUGGGGUGACUGCAGCUGCAGGAAGAAAUAUUCCCACGUGGACCUGGUGGUGAUGGUGGAUGGUUACGAGGGGGAGAAGGGGGCCAUCGUCGCAGGCAGCCGGGGCUACUUCCUUAAGGGUCCUCUGGUGUUCCUGGAGCAGGCCCUUAUCCAGUACGCCCUGCAGAGCCUCCGCGCCAAGGGCUACACUCCGGUCUACACCCCCUUUUUCAUGCGGAAGGAGGUGAUGCAGGAGGUGGCCCAGCUCAGCCAGUUCGACGAGGAGCUCUACAAGGUGAUCGGCAAAGGCAGCGAGAAGGCCGACGACAGCUCCAUCGAUGAGAAAUACCUGAUCGCCACCUCGGAGCAGCCCAUUGCCGCCCUGCACCGGGACGAGUGGCUGAAACCGGAGGAUUUGCCCAUCAAGUACGCGGGGCUCUCCACCUGCUUCCGGCAGGAGGUGGGCUCGCACGGCCGCGACACCCGCGGCAUCUUCCGCGUGCACCAGUUCGAGAAGAUCGAGCAGUUCGUCUACGCCUCGCCCCACGACAACAAGUCCUGGGAGAUGUUUGAGGAGAUGAUAGCCACGGCGGAGGAUUUCUACCAGUCCCUGGGCAUCCCCUACCACAUCGUCAACAUCGUCUCGGGUUCCCUCAACCACGCUGCCAGUAAGAAGCUGGACCUGGAGGCCUGGUUCCCUGGUUCUGGCGCUUUCCGCGAGCUCGUCUCCUGCUCCAACUGCACCGACUACCAGGCGCGGCGCCUGCGCAUCCGCUAUGGCCAGACCAAGAAAAUGAUGGACAAGGUGGAAUUCGUGCACAUGCUCAACGCCACGAUGUGUGCCACCACCCGCACCAUCUGCGCCAUCCUGGAGAACUACCAGACCGAGGAGGGCGUCUGUGUCCCAGAAAAGCUCCGAGCCUUCAUGCCCCCAGGUAACAACACCGGGGAGGCGGGUCGGCUGCGCUACGCAAUGGCCGCCCUCUUCGACAGCCGCUCCGACGCCCUUUUCGCCAUGGACCCCGUCACCGGCGCCGUCACCACCGCUGCCCCCCUGGACCGGGAGAGCAAGAGCACCCAUGUCUUCCGGGUGACGGCGGUGGACCACGGGACGCCCCGGCGCAGCGCCAUGGCCACGCUGACGGUGACGGUGAGCGAUGCCAACGACCACGACCCGGCCUUUGAGCAGCCCGAGUACCGGGAGAGCGUCCGGGAGAACCUGGAGGUGGGCUACGAGGUGCUGACGGUACGAGCCACUGACGGCGACGCCGGUCCCAACGCCAACGUCCUCUACCGGCUCCUCAACGCCGGCGGCGCCAAUGAGGUCUUCGAGAUCGAUCCCCGCUCGGGCGUCAUCCGCACCCGCGGCCCUGUGGAUCGCGAAGCCGUGGAGGCCUUCGAGCUCUUGGUGGAGGCCACGGAUCAGGGCCAGGAGCCGGGACCCCGCAGCGCCACGGCCACCGUCCGCAUCGCUGUAGAGGACGACAACGACAAUGCGCCGCAGUUCAGCGAGAAGCGUUACGUGGCGCAGGUCCCCGAGGACGUGGCGCCCAACUCGGCCGUGCUGCGGGUGACGGCCACUGACCGCGACAAGGGCAGCAACGCCCUGGUGCACUACAGCAUCGUCAGCGGUAACACGCGCGGGCACUUCUACAUCGAUGCACAGACGGGCGCGCUGGACGUCGUCAGCCCCUUGGACUACGAGGUCAGCAAGGAGUUCACCCUCCGGAUCCGGGCGCAGGACGGCGGCCGCCCGCCCCUCUCCAACAUCAGUGGCUUGGUCACCGUCCAGGUGUUGGACGUCAACGAUAACGCCCCCAUCUUUGUGAGUACACCCUUCCAGGCCACCGUGCUGGAGAACGUGCCGGUGGGCUACUCCGUCAUCCACAUUCAAGCCAUCGAUGCCGAUUCGGGUGACAACGGCCGGUUGGUCUACACCCUGUUGGAGACCGGUGCCGGCUUCCCCUUUGCCAUCAACAACAGCACCGGGUGGAUCGUGGUGGCCUCCGAGCUGGACCGGGAAGUGGUGGACUUCUACAGCUUUGGGGUGGAGGCGCAGGACCAGGGUAACCCCCCCAUGGCCUCCUCAGCCAGCGUCAGCGUCACUGUCCUGGAUGUCAACGACAACAGCCCCGAGUUCACGCAACGGGAGUACAGCGCCCGCCUGAACGAGGAUGCGGCGGUGGGCACCAGCGUCCUCACCGUCUCCGCCAUCGAUCGCGACGCCAACAGCGUCAUCACCUACCAGAUCUCCAAUGGCAACACCCGCAACCGCUUCUCCAUCACCAGCCAGAGCGGCGGUGGGCUCAUCUCCCUCGCCCUACCCCUGGACUACAAGCUGGAGCGGCAGUACCUCCUCACCAUCGCCGCCUCCGACGGCACCCGCCAGGACACGGCCCAGGUGAUCGUCAACGUCACCGAUGCCAACACCCACCGACCUGUCUUCCAGAGCUCCCACUACACUGUCAACGUCAACGAGGACCGGCCGGUGGGCACCACGGUGGUGGUCAUCAGCGCCACGGAUGAGGACACGGGGGAGAAUGCCCGCAUCACCUACCUGAUGGAGGACAGCAUCCCCCAGUUCCGCAUCGCUGCCGAGACGGGGGCUGUCACCACCCAGAUGGAGCUGGACUACGAGGACCAGGUGUCCUACACCCUGGCCAUCACGGCGCGUGACAAUGGCAUCCCGCAGAAGUCUGACACCACCUACCUGGAGAUCCUGGUGAGCGACGUCAAUGACAACGCGCCCCAGUUCCUCCGCGACUCCUACCAGGGCUCCGUCUACGAGGACGUGCCCGCCUUCACCAGCGUUCUCCAGGUCUCCGCCACCGACCGCGACUCGGGGCUCAACGGCAGGGUCUUCUACACCUUCCAAGGGGGUGAUGAUGGUGAUGGCGACUUCAUCAUCGAGUCCACCUCGGGCAUCGUCCGCACCUUGCGCCGUCUCGACCGGGAGAACGUGCCACUCUACUCUCUAAGAGCGUUCGCUGUCGAUAAGGGGGUCCCGGCCAAGCGGACCCCAGUGGAGAUCCAAGUGACGGUGUUGGACGUCAACGACAACCCGCCCGUCUUCGAGCGCGAUGAGUUCGACAUCUUUGUGGAGGAGAACAGCCCCAUCGGGCUAGUGGUGGCCCGAAUCACGGCCACGGACCCCGAUGAGGGCACCAACGCCCAAAUUAUGUACCAGAUCGUGGAGGGCAACAUCCCUGAGGUCUUCCAGCUGGAUAUCUUCUCCGGUGAGCUCACCGCCUUGGCCGACCUGGACUACGAGUCCAAGGCAGAGUACGUCAUGGUGGUCCAAGCCACCUCGGCCCCGCUGGUCAGCCGGGCCACCGUCCACGUCCGCCUUCGCGACGCCAACGACAACAGCCCCCAACUCAAGAACUUUGAGAUCCUCUUCAACAACUACAUCACCAACCGCUCGGGCAGUUUCCCCGGAGGGGUCAUCGGCCGCAUCCCGGCCCACGACCCCGAUGUCUCCGACAGUCUCACCUAUGCCUUCGAGCAGGGGAACGAGCUCAACCUGGUGCUGCUGGACCCCCGG